UUUUUUUUUUUUUUUUUGCUUUUCUUUACUUUCUAUUCAUUCAUUUCAUUUUUACUUAUAAUUUUUUUUUAUUUGUAGUCGUUCAUUUCCAUAAACCAUAAGUAUUUCUUUUAAUGCCCUUUUUUUUUAUCACCUUUUCUCCUUCACAUUAUCUAAUUACGGCACUUUUCCUUUCCAUGCAUUCUACCCCACCCCCCCUUUCCAUACACACUUCCGUUGAGUGGAGUUGUUGGUGGGGAGUGUAGCCUUUGUAUCGGCACUCCCUAUCUGCUGUUCCUCUUGGUUUGUUUUUGUGUUUAGUUUGUUUGUUUGUUUUUCAGUUCACUAUACUUUUCCGCUGUUGUUCCCUCUCGCUCACUUCACACCGCACCGGCACUCCUUUGGCACAUUCCAGAGAGAAUCGUAUUUACAAAGGUCUCGUUUCAGUUGUAUUUACAAAAGGCUUCUAUUCUGAAACUCUUUGGACUCUUCUCAUGACUGUUUUCAAAGGCCACAGAUAUGAUAAGUUGAAUUUUCAUGCGCGUUUUUUUGUUUUUUCCUAUAAUAACACAGAGUCCUUGAACUAUACUGGAAUAAUGGAAACAUCCUUGAAAGCCACCAGUAAUUGAGGAAGGUCGCUGAAACUUUUUAAGAAUACGAUUGAAAGGUGCGUGGAUUAGCUGGGUCCUCCUUGAACUAUCACUGGAAUCAUGGCAACACCCUUGGGAACACCAGUAACAUCCACUAGAGCCCCUUAAACGUAAUGAUGGUAGUAAACAGAAGCGUUUGCGAAUACAGGUCAAAGGUUUACAUGGGACGUGGUGAGGCGUGCACAGGUAAGGUCUAGGGCGCACCAUACCACUAAACACGUCUAAGCAACUUUCACUGAUGACGUAUGUGUGGGUAUUAGCAGCAGUAGGAGGAUGAGGAGGAGGUGGAGGAGGCACGCGUGUUCAUACCACCACUCCUCACUAUUCGCCUCCUCUCCUGUGUCUCCUUGGUUCCUUGCACCGCCGCGUCCAGCCCCGGACUGCUGGUGGUGGCUGGUGGGGAGUGAAGAGUGAAGGGGGAGGCUCCUGGUUGGGUUCCCCCGCGUGACUGGCCAGUGUCGAGGGUUUUUGCAAUAGUGUCUUCGGUGGCCAGCUGCAGUGAUCCGCCCUGAGUGAUCGCGGCGACUCUUACGAAAUGAAUUAAAUCUGGAGUUUAUUGAGGUGAGCCAUGGGGUGGCUGGCAGUGGCGGCGGUGGCGGUGGUGGCCAUGCUGACGGUGCCCUGCCAGGGGGAGGUGUUCACAUCUAUGUCAGACAUGAGUCGCCUGCUCACCACAGAGGGAGAGAUGAUCAGAGCCAUUGAGAACUUCAUCAUUGCACAGGAAGAAAAACUUCAAAAACUUAAAAAAGACUUGACUGAGAUGGAGCGGGUCCAUGACGUGGCGGCACACUCACCCGAAGACUUCCUGGCCAACCCAAUCAACGCCUACCUGCUGGUGAAGAGACUCACUGUGGAUUGGGCUGACUUACAGGAUGCCAUGACUGACAAUACCAUGGGCAAAGAAAUGUUGAACAACUUGACAAGCAUGGCUGACCUCCUGCGAUGGCCAGAUGAAGAGGACCUGAAUGGUGCGGCCACAGCACUCAUGCGGCUGCAGGACACCUACAACCUGGACACUGCCCAGCUGGCUCGGGGUCAGAUCCUGGGGAAGAAACAGGCCUACAGGGAGCUGACUGCGGCUGACUGCUUUGAGCUGGGUCGCCAGAGCUACAACUCGGGAGACCACUACCACACAACACUGUGGAUGACAGAGGCUCUCACUCGCCUGGAGGCUGAGAACAACAAGACUGUGGAGCAUGCAGACAUCCUGGAGUACUUGGCCUUCUCAACAUACAUGCAGGGAAAUGUCCGCCAGGCCCUCAAGCUGACCAACGAGCUGCUGUUGGAGAGGCCCAACCACCAGAGAGCACUGGGCAACAAGGUGUACUAUGAGCAGGCACUCAACAACCAGGAAGCAGCCAAGAGAGGGGAGGACAUUGAUUCCCUUGAUGAGGAGGCUGUGGAGAAGGGGUACACUGUGGCAGAGAACACCCUGGCCAAUGACGCCUACCACCGGGAGCGCCGGUCUUAUGAGCGGCUGUGUCGAGGCGAGGGUGGCCUGUCCCCAAAGCUCUCCAGCAAGCUUCACUGCUACUACCAGUAUGGGCCCAGUGACUAUCUGAAGAUUGGUCCUGUCAAGGCUGAGCUGGCACACAUCAACCCAACUAUUUACAUUUACCAUGAUGUUCUCAGUGAUCAAGAAAUUUCGGUGAUUAAAGAACUUGCUACACCCUUGUUUAGGAGAGCCACCGUGCAGAAUUAUAAGACCGGAGAGCUUGAAAUAGCAUCCUAUCGCAUCAGCAAGUCAUCUUGGCUGAAGGCAGAAGACUCAGAGGUUGUAUGGACAGUCAAUGAACGUGUGGCUGCCAUAACAGGACUGAACAUAAACACUGCCGAGGAACUCCAGGUCGCCAACUACGGCCUUGGUGGUCACUACGAGCCUCACUUUGACUAUGCUCGGCGAGAAGAGAAAGAUGCCUUUAAAUCUUUAGGAACUGGUAACAGAAUUGCUACUUUCUUAUUUUAUAUGACUGACGUUGAGGCAGGAGGAGCCACAGUGUUCCCCCAGAUUAACUUAUCACUAUGGCCCAAGAAGGGUGCUGCUGCCUUCUGGCACAACCUGCACCCCAGUGGUGAGGGGGAUGAACUAACCCGCCACGCUGCCUGCCCAGUACUGGUGGGCACCAAAUGGGUGUCCAACAAGUGGAUCCAUGAACGAGGGCAGGAGUUCUUGAGACCAUGUGGCCUGAGCCCCAAAGACUUGUAGUGGUGCAGCGGCUCUUGGUGGGCACUGUGUGAUAUCAAGUGGGAAAGGGCGGGGUUUUCUUAACCUUGAGAAUGCUGCAUUGUUAAUAUGUAUAAAUCUGUGAAUGAAUGUCGGCUGCUCAGUCAGUGUAUUGAUAGAACUAAAUAUUCUUUCUUAGAUCUCAUAGCAGUUAUUGCAGCCAAAUGUAUCAACACACAAAAACUGUAACAGACGUAGACUUGCAUCAUCAUCAUCACUUACAAGAUGUCACACUUUGUCACAUUAUGAUUGCCAGUAUUGACAUGAGUGGAGUGCAUUGGCCCCAGUAUCUUGCUUGGAUGUAAUUCUGAAUCUGCAUGCUCAUAUUACUUCAUGUUUGAUAUGAAUGAUAAAGCUUGUGACAGUAAAACUUUUCAUAA